GGUUUGUUAGGCAGAAGACGCUGAUGAGGCGAUGAGUAAAUACCUAUCAGAAAAGUUAAAGAUGAAAGACAAAUGGUUUGGUGUCUGGAAGACUAACCCUGAGUUAUUCUUUGUGAAAUAUGAAGAAGCUUCUAUCCCCUUUGUUGGUAUUCUGGUUGAGGUAACUUGUAAACCUCGCCAAAGUUCAUCAUCUUGUUUCAAGGUUACUGUUUCUGUUGCUGAGCCCUUUUCUUCCAACAUUGCAAAUAUUCCAAGGGAUUUGGUGGAUGAGAUUCUGGAAGAACUGGAGCACAGCGUGCCUCUCCUGGAAGUGUACCCUGUUGAAGGGCAAGAUUCUGACAUACAUGAUAUUGCUCUGGCCUUGGAAGUUGUAAGGUUUUUUUAUGACUUUCUUUGGAGAGACUGGGAUGAUGAAGAAAGUUGUGAGAAUUACACUGCUUUGAUUGAAGAAAGAAUUAAUUUGUGGUGUGCUAUACAAGAUGGAACAAUACCUGGUCCUAUUGCACAACGUUUUAAAAAAACUUUGGAGAAAUAUAAAAACAAGCGUGUUGAGCUCAUUGAGUACCAGAGUAAUAUCAAAGAAGAUCCCUCUGCAGCAGAAGCUGUUGAAUGCUGGAAAAAAUACUAUGAGAUAGUAAUGCUCUGUGGAUUAUUGAAAAUGUGGGAAGAUUUGCGCCUCCGAGUUCAUGGGCCUUUCUUUCCAAGAAUUCUGAGGCGUAGGAAAGGAAAGAGAGACUUUGGAAAGACCAUAACACAUAUUGUAGCAAAAGUGAUGACUACUGACAUGGUAAAGGACCUAUCUUCAGACACACUUCUCCAACAACAUGAUGAUCUGGAUUUGGCUUUGGAUAGUUGUUAUAGUGGAGAUACAGUAGUUAUUUUUCCAGGAGAAUAUCAAGCUGUCAAUCUUGCUUUAUUGACUGAUGACAUCAUUAUAAAGGGAGUUGGAAAGAGAGAGGAAAUUAUGAUUACUUCUGAACCAUCUCACGACAGUUUUGUAGUGUCCAAAGCUGAUAAUGUGAAACUAAUGCAUCUAUCUUUGAUACAACAAGGGACAGUUGAUGGUAUUGUGGUGGUAGAGUCUGGUCACAUGACUCUAGAAAACUGUGUGUUAAAAUGUGAAGGAACAGGAGUGUGUGUUCUUACAGGGGCUGCUUUGACAAUUACAGACAGUGAAAUAACUGGUGCCCAGGGUGCUGGUGUUGAGCUGUAUCCUGGGAGCAUAGCCAUCUUGGAGAGGAAUGAAAUUCAUCACUGUAAUAACCUCAGAACCAGUGACAAUUCAAAAAGCACCUUAGGUGGAGUUAAUAUGAAGGUUCUUCCAGCACCCAGACUGAAGAUGACUAAUAAUCAUAUUUACAACAAUAAUGGUUAUGGAGUGAGCAUUCUUCAACCAACGGAACAGUUUUUUAUUGUAUCAGAAGAAGCCCUCAACAAAGGGGCUGCUUCAGGAGACAAAAAAGAUAACAUGCUCUCCAAAGUAAUGCAAAACCUGAAUCUGGAAAUGAAUGAUAAUAAAAUAGAAGCAAACUUAAAGGGGGACAUCAGAAUAGUGACGAAUUAAAGCAUCUGGAUUUGUGUUAAAAUUUUAUAUUUCAGUUAUUUCUCAUAUCCCUCAAAAAUGUAGUUUUAAUUUCAAUUCAAAACCUAAAGAUACAUAAACAUUUAAA